GUUGACGCAAAGUAAGAUGUUUGCUAAAUGGCAACUUAAAAGUCCAUGGAUAGCGUUAUCGUAUUGUGUAUUGUUACCUGUGAUUUGGAGUACUGAAGCACCACCUCUUAGAACUUUGUUGAAAGCAUCUUGGAAUGCACCCAGUAUCCUGUUAGAAAUAGUUGAAACUGUGUCUCGUGAAAAUUCGUCGGCAUAUCUUCCGCUUAUUAAUGAAAUAAUUCGUAGUGAUAUUCAUGACUUUGGGCCUCGCACUGAACACGCCAAAAUUUAUUAUGAUGUUUUUGAUAUAAUUACUUCGAAGCAGUUUCUAUCUGAUCCUUCAGCAAAGUCUGUGUUCGAGUUAUCUCUCUCUCUUAGCACGGCUGCGCCUACAAUUCAGGCUUAUUAUCAAUAUUAUGAGACUGCCGUAUUACCGGCUCUAGCGGAUAAUGAUACAUUUAAUCCUAAUUGCAAAGUGUGGGCUGAUUGGUACGGGAAACAAGCCUGUACUGUCUCGGAACUGAAAAGAAUUGUUGAUGAAGAGGGAUCAGAAUUUAGCAGUACGUUAAAGAGGUAUUUCAUGAUUUCACUACCUGAUCAGAACACUCCAAAACUACUGUCAUUUGAUCAUGUCUUUCAACCAACAAGUUCAUCCCAAUCCAAACCAAUCAUCAUCUUGUAUACAGAGGAUCUAUCCCAAGAAUUUUCACUAUUACACAGUUAUAUAUCGACUCUGGUCGAACGUGAUUUUGCUUCAUAUGUAUUAAGGUACAAACCACCAUCCGUACAAAAAAGGGAAGAUUUGUAUCUCAGUGGUUAUGGAGUAGAGCUAGUCUUAAAGAAUACGGAUUAUAUUGUUAUCGAUGAUAGAGACUUGGGAGCAGAGGAACAAAGUGAGGCAAUCGCUGACCAGGAAAACGCAUCUAACGCUAAGCAAGAGGAUCAUCGAAGCACUUUGUCGGAGCAUUUGUUUGACGAAACUAUAUCGGAAAUUAAACCUCUCAAAAUUGAAGAAAUUAAACAUUUGGGGACAAAGUCUACUCAAUUUAUUACCGGAUCAAAGAAUCCUCUUUUGGCGUUAACGCGUCUUUCACAAGAUUUUCCCAAAUAUUCUCACUCGAUCGCACAACUUACGCUUAAUGUAUCAAUGGUUGAAGAGUUAACGAAUGUUCACUCAACGGUCCAACCUGGAACGAACGCCAUAUGGCUAAACGGAAUGCCAAUUUCCGAGAAUUCUUUUGAACCGUUCCAAAUCCUCAAACUACUAAAACGCGAGCGUCAUACUAUCCUAUCGUUCACAAGACUUGGGUUAACUGCUGUUCAAGCUAUUAGUUUGGUUUCAUCUCCUAUGCUUUGGACAAAGUCUGCCGAUGACGUCUCAAACAACAUCUACAACAUUUUCGAUACAUCUGAAAAUGGCAAUGUCCUAAUGUGGUUUAACGAUUUAGAGAAGGAUCCAAGAUAUUCAUCAUGGCCAGCCGCAGUUUACUCGUUGUUACGGCCCGUGUAUCCAGGGACAUUACGGCAAAUACGCAAAAACCUAUUUUCAAUAUUAUACGUAGUCGAUCUUGCAAGCGUCGAAGGGCUUACACUGGUAGAAGAGGAGAAUAUGUUCAUCAUGCGCGGUAUACCACUACGCUUUGGACUUGUUCCACUCGUUGGUGAUAAACAGAGUGACUCCGCAUUGAUAGCAAGUGCAGUCUACUAUCUUAAAAACAAUUACGAUUUUCCAACUGUUUUUGACUUUAUAAGCAAGGUUCUUAAAGUCAUCCAGGAGACGCCAUCAAAGUCGAUAUUGGAAACAGCACAAGCCGAAUUUGAAACAAUUGUUACAAAGAGAAAUCCCAACAAUGGCAGGAUUAUUACCAAAUUGGACGAAUUAUUGAAAGAAGACCCGACAGUUGCUGAGGAAAUCGAUGGCGCUAUAGCUUAUGCCAAACGAUUUGCAAUAAUUCCUGGAAGUAGUGGCGCAUUAUUUGUAAAUGGAAAAUACCAUGAUUUUGACGAGAGCUAUCAACGGAAUAUAAUGCUUUCUAUAGGCGAGCAGACAAAUUUCUUGCAACAAAAGGUGCAUUCCGGAGAGUUUGACGACAAUUCAGACGCGUUGACGUUAUUCACGACAUUACCAAAUGUCUUGCCAAGAAGAAAUAUGUAUAUUUCUGUCUCGGAAUCACAUCCUUUGAAAGUUUUGAAUCUUGCUGAUAGAAGGAAUGAUGUUGCGACAAAGUAUCAACACCUGAAAUAUCUUUACACGGAUAAACUGGGAACAAACGGUCAUUGGACGACAGUUUGGGUGUUUGCUGAUUUCGAUAGUGAAACUGGUGUGCAGCAAGCUCUGGAGAGUUUAAAAUUUCUGGAGUCUGCUGAAGAUGUUAGGCUUUCCUUCAUUCAUAAUCCCGUUUCUGCUGCAGACAAACAUGACGUAUCUUCAAUUAUUUAUCAAUUACAUCAUGACACGUUUGAUAGCCCGUCUAAAGCUUUCGAAUUUGUAAAAAAAGGGUUGGAAAAGGCAGCAAGGAUUAGUGAGGGAAAAGCAGGCGCGUCAGUUCUUGGUCAGCAAGAAGACAUUCUGUUAGAUGAGAAUAUUGAGACCGUUCACGCUGAAAAGGCUAAAGCUUGGCGAGCGGAAGACAAGAAAGCAAUGGAUGAUUUUUGGCGUAGUUGGCAAAAGACAAUCAAAGAGGAUUGCAGAGUAGAUGGUGGCGAAAGCUUUAUUAUUGUUGGGCCAUUUGCUGCGAAAGAGAUAUUUCUGGCUGAUGAAUUUCAUCUUUUACUUAACAUCGAGACGGCAGAACGUGUUGUACCUGUUAUCAAUACUGUAAACAGUCUGGAAUUAAAGACUGAACUUGAUGGGGAAGAGUAUGCAGAAUUUUUAGCCAAACUGACGUCCAUCGUAUCCGCGUCGACCGUGUCUGAUGUUCCAGUUGGAAUAAUGGAUGAGGAUGAAAUUAGUCGGAAACAUGCAGUCGGACAAGUUGAAAGCGGUUUGAGUCGAUUCCACACCGGUGACAUUGAGACGGCCAUUUAUCAGUUUGAAGUUUUACUUGAUCCAUUGAGCGAAAUUGCACAAAAGUGGUCGGCCAUUCUCGAGGUCUUAUCUCACAUAGAAGGUGUCUUCAUCGAAGUACGACUUAACCCACUCCUUGCGUUGGAGGAAUUACCCUUGAAACGCUUCUAUCGCUAUGUUCUGCCGUCAAGACCCGUAUUUGAUUCCGAUUCUGGUACUUUAAUGCCACCAAUGGCCACGUUUAAUUCUCUUCCAACGGAGCCACUCUUCACACUUUCGGUCGACACGAUUCAACCCUGGCUCGUAACACCUACGGAAUGCAUUUACGAUCUCGACAACCUUCGCUUAUCUGCUCUCGACUCGCGCUCUCGACGCAAACCGAUCGAAGCCAUUUUCGAACUAGAAAACAUUCUUGUCGAAGGACAUGCUCGCGAUACCUCGGGCAUGACACCACGCGGACUGCAACUCAUUCUCGGAACAAAGACACAACCUGCCAUGGAAGAUACGAUAGUUAUGGCGAAUCUAGGAUAUUUUCAACUAAAGGCUAAUCCUGGCGUCUGGGAGUUGGGACUGAGAGAAGGGCGAUCGAAAGAAAUAUACGAGAUUGAAAGUGUCGGGAGUGAAGGCUGGUAUAGUAGACGAGUCGAUAAGACUGGCGUGGAUAUUGUCAUUACGAAUUUUGAGGGUACGUUAAUUUAUCCGAGGGUUAAACGGAAACCUGGUAUGGAAAGAGAAGACGUUUUGGAAGGAAGCGAAAACAAGGAAGAGGGUAUAUGGAAUUUUGUUAAAAAUAAAUUCUCGAACAAGGACAAAAUUACAAAAGAUAAUGCUGAAAUCAACAUAUUUUCCGUCGCCUCGGGUCAUCUGUACGAACGAUUUUUGUCUAUUAUGAUUAUUGGCGUGCUGCGACAUACCAAGAGCACAGUCAAGUUUUGGUUUAUCGAGAACUUUUUAUCACCGUCGUUCAAGGUGAGAUGGCGAAAGAAUACAAAUUCGAAUACGAACUCGUCACUUACAAAUGGCCACAUUGGCUUCGCAAGCAAAAAGAGAAACAACGGACGAUAUGGGGGCAAGUAUUAUCAACUUGGGGUGGUUUUCUGGUGCGAUAAGUUUUACGGUGCUACGAAUCGGAAGUACAAAAUUUUAUUCCUUGACGUGCUUUUCCCUCUUGACCUGGGUAAAGUGAUCUUUGUGGACGCGGACCAAAUCGUGCGCACAGACUUGAAAGAAUUAAUAGAUAUGGACCUCAAGGGUGCACCAUAUGGAUACACACCGUUCUGCGACAAUCGUCCAGAAAUGGAUGGAUUUCGUUUUUGGAAAGGAGGGUAUUGGAAGGAUCAUUUGCGUGGCAAGCCCUAUCAUAUUAGCGCAUUAUACGUCAUUGACUUGCAUCGAUUCCGUCAGAUAGCGGCUGGUGACCGGUUACGCGGUCAAUACCAAAUGUUAAGCUCUGAUCCCAAUUCCUUGGCCAAUCUCGAUCAGGAUUUGCCGAAUAACAUGCAACACGAUGUUCCCAUCUUUUCAUUGCCGCAAGAGUGGUUGUGGUGCGAGACAUGGUGCAGCGACGAGUCACUGGCAACUGCAAAGACUAUUGAUUUGUGUAAUAAUCCGUUAACCAAGGAACCAAAACUCGAUCGUGCACGUCGUCAAGUUCCGGAAUGGGAGUCCUAUGAUAACGAAGUGGCCGCGUUUGCGUCGAGGAUAGCAAAGGAGAAAAAGAGUCUGGCGUGUUCUACUGGUAUCGGGCCAUGUGACGAAGAUGAUAAAAUUGUAUCCACGUCGACCAGCAGCGAAAAAACCGGCCAGCAAGAGCCGUCAAGUGUCUCUUCGACCGUCCUCCCAAAACCGGAGGGUCACGAUGAGUUGUAA